AUGGCGCAGCAAGGAUUUCAGCUAGUCCAUGAAACAGGUUGCGGUUGCUGUUCGAUUUGUCUUGAUUCACUGAAGGAUCCGGUGACUAUCCCCUGUGGACACAGCUACUGCAUGAAAUGUAUUAAAAGCUUCUGGGACAAAGACGAUGAGAAGGAAGUCUACAGUUGCCCUCAGUGUAGAAAGAGCUUCACACCGAGGCCUGUCCUGGUGAAAAACACCAUGUUAGCAGAUUUAGUGGAGGAGCUGAAGAAGGAACAUAAAGGCCACGACACAGUGUCAGCUGCAGCAGAGAGGACUGAGAGGCAGAGAGAGCUGGAGGGGAGUCGACUAAACAUCCAGCAGAGAAUCCAGGACAGAGAGAAGGAGGUGAAGCUGCUUCAGCAGGAGGUGGAGGCCGUCAAUGGCUCUGCUGAUAAAGCAGUGGAGGACAGUGAGAAGAUGUUCACUGAGCUGAUCCAUCUCAUGGAGAAAAGAAGCUCUGAUGUGAAGCAGCAGGUCAGAUACCAGCAGAAGAGUGAAGUGAGUCGAGUCAAAGAGCUUCAGGAGAAGCUGGAGCAGGAGAUGGCUGAGCUGAAGAGGAGAGACGCUGAGCUGAAGCUGCUCUCUCACACAGAGGAUCACAACCAGUUUCUGCACAGCUACCCCUCACUGUCAGCCCUCAGUGAACCUACACACUCAUCCAGCAUCAACAUCCGUCCUCUGAGCUACUUUGAGGACGUGACGGCGGCCCUGUCAGCAGUCAGAGACAAACUACAGGACGUCCUGAGAGAGGAAUGGACAAACGUCUCACCAACUGAAGUGGAUGUUUUACUGUCAGCAGCAGAUCCCACCACCAGAGCUGGGUUCUUAAAAUGUUCACAAGAGAUCACACUGGAUCCAAACACAGCAUACACACGGCUGGUAUUAUCUGAGGGGAGCAGAAAAGCAACAUUCAUGAAACAACAUCAGUCUUAUUCUAGUCACCCAGACAGAUUCACUGAAUGGCCUCAGGUCAUGAGUAGAGAGAGUCUGACUGGACGUUGUUACUGGGAGGUGGAGCGGAGAGGGGGAGCAGUUGUAGCAGUCACAUACAAGAAUAUCAUCAGAGCAGGGGGGGUGUAUGAAAGUUUAUUUGGAUACAAUGACAAAUCCUGGGCGUUAAUUUGUGAGCAAAACAGUUAUACAUUUAGUUACAACAGUAUCAUCACUCCCGUCUCAGGUCCUCAGUCCUCCAGAGUAGGAGUGUACCUGGAUCACAGAGCAGGUAUUCUGUCCUUCUACAGCGUCUCUGAAACCAUGACUCUCCUCCACAGAGUCCAGACCACAUUCACUCAGCCGCUACAUGCUGGAGUUUUGCUUUAUUGUUAUCAUGGAACCACAGCCGAGUUGUGUAAACUGAAAUAGCCAGAAGUCAUUUGAGGAACUCUUCUACUUCUUAAACUCAUUGUGUGUCCAUCAUUGUUGCUGAGAGCUGAUUGUUCAUGUCUUCACU